CGUCGUCGUGCAAGUGAAUUAUCUCUCUCUUUCCCUCGUCGAUUUGGGUAUCUUCUCUGAAAUUCAGUUGAUCACUUGUUCUUGAGAUUCUAGAUCAAUUCCCGAUUUUGAUUGUCACCGAUUUCGAUUUCCAUUUGGUUUGAUUCGUAGUAGCGGCGAUUCCACUAGAAAUAAAGACUUCCUUUGGAGCUGAUGAGAAUCAGUGUCAUGUCGCAAUUGCAGCGAAGCUUCUCAAUGGAAUUUCCAUCACUCGUUUCUCUCAAACUUCCAUCUCCAAUGGAGACUCAUCUAUGGUAUAUUCGACCAGAUGAAGUGAAAAGUCCAUCUCUUUUAAAACACUACUCUCAACUUCUCUCACCAUCUGAGAAAGAUCAAGUUUCUCAGCUUCGAGGCGAUGCGCUUAAGAAGAAUGCUUUGCUUGCUCGAACCUUGGUUCGCACCACCAUUGCCAGAUAUCAGACAAACAAUGCAGUCGACCCUCGGUCCUUGAUGUUCAAGAAGAAUAUAUAUGGGAAGCCUGAGGUAGAUUGGCAGAAUUAUAAGAACUGUAAUAUCCCGCCAUUGCAUUUCAAUAUCUCCCACACAGAUUCAUUAAUUGUCUGUGGGGUGACUGUACAUGUUCCGAUUGGUAUCGAUGUUGAAGACAAGGAAAGGAAGAUUAAACAUGAUGUCUUAGCAUUUGCAGAAAGAUUUUACUCUGCUGAUGAAGUGAAGUUUUUGUCAACUAUACCGGACCCUGAAAGUCAGCGAAAGGAGUUUAUUAAGUUAUGGACUCUAAAGGAGGCAUAUGUGAAAGCAUUAGGAAAAGGCUUUUCUGCUGCACCUUUUAAUACUUUCACAAUCCAGUCGAAGGCUGAAACAAAAGAAGAAUACAGUCUUUGCAAGACAUCUGAAAUGACUGCCAGUUCACUGGAGAAGACAAACAAAUGUGACAGAGAAUGGAAAUUUGCCCUUUUGGAGUUGGCUGAUUCUCAUUAUGCUGCAAUCUGUAUUGAAGAUGAUCAAGCUAGUGGAGGAGCUCCUAUGAGGGUGAUUGUCCGAAAAACCAUCCCGUUUGUAGAAGAUGAACUUAUUUCUGAAAGCAAACUUCUUUAGGUAGUGUAGCCUUCAGAUUUCUGUUCUCGUUUUGGUUUAAGUACAUCCUCUGUAGUACAUUAU